GACGCCUCCUCCAAUUUCAGGUUGGCUGCUUCCCUGGCUCCCUCCCGCAAUGAGCUUGCUGCAAUUUCCAAAAGGUAUGGAGGUUACAGUAGAUAAAUAUUGACCUUUAUUCGGGACACAUGACAGCAGCGUCAGCUGAUGCUUCAAACUCGCUGCCAUCUUCGGGUCAUUUGAGGCAUCCGCGUCUCCGAGCCAGAUGUUGGAAUAAAGCUUCCUAAGGAUGGAGAACGGCUUUGUCCUGAGCUUUCUGGAAGAGGAAAACCAAUCAUGAUGGCCGAUGGAUGUUGCAGAGGAAUGGAGCGAGUCAGGGCUGCUAAGAUUGCGUCAGAUUCCUUGCCGAGAGCGCCGUAUCCCCAGCAGUACGUGCACACUGCCCCCCAGCAGCAUGACAUCCAGGAGCUCGCCUCCAAACGCGUCGACAUCCAGAAGAAACGCUUCUACCUGGACGUGAAGCAGAGUGUGCGCGGACGCUUCCUGAAAAUAGCCGAGGUGUGGAUCGGCAGAGGCCGCCACGACAACAUCCGGAAGAGCAAACUGACGCUGUCCAUGUCCAUGGCCCCCGCGCUCCGCUACAGCCUGGGGGACUUCAUCGAAUAUUACGCCCGCAUCGGACUGCGGGGGGGCCUCGACGGGCACGCCGGCGACGGCAAGGGCCGCGCGCCCGACCCCCGCAGGAGAGCGCAGGAGCCCGCGUUGUCCCCGACCGGCUCCGCGGCGUCGGACGACCACGCGCACCGCGUCCUCAAGAGCGAAUUGAUCGAAAGGGACAAUAGGAAGUACUUUCUGGACCUGAAGGAGAACCAGAGGGGUCGCUUCCUGCGCAUAAGGCAGACUGUCAGCAAAGGACACGGCACCAUGGGCUACUACGGCCAAGGGAUCGAACAGACCAUCGUUGUCCCCGCGCAGGGGCUGAUCGAGUUCAGGGACGCGCUCUCCCAGCUGAUCGACGACUACGGCGACGACGACGAGCGCGACCGAGCCGCGUCCAGAAACCACGACCCCAACCCGGAGCUCCCGGAGGCCGCCACCUUCCGAGUGGACAACAAGAGGUUUUAUUUCGACGUCGGUUCCAACCGCUAUGGCGUCUUUUUGAAAAUCAGUGAAGUGCGGCAGCCGUACAGAAACACCAUCACCGUUCCGUUGAAAGCCUGGGCGAGAUUCGGCGAGAAUUUCAUCAGGUACGAGGAGGAGAUGCGGCGAAUGUUCACUUGUCACAAAGAGAAGAGGACAGAUGCUCGGCAGAACAGCGAGGAGCAGGAGGACUGACCUUGGCGGGACCGAUGGACCCCCAGUCUCCUCCUGGAGUGGACUUUGUGAGUGUGCGUGUGUGUGUGUGCGUGUGUGUGUCAUAAAUAUAUAAAUAAGAAUAUUAACCUACAAAAUCUAGUCUAAAUAACAAACUACAAUCUAAUCUAUUAUACAGUAAACCUCGGAUAUAUCGGAUUCAAUUGUUCCCACUGGUUUUGUCCGAUAUAAGCGAAAUCCGUUAUAUGCGUAUACCGGAAAAUGUCCGUUUUACGCAUAUAUCGGAUUUAUAUCCGGUAUAUGCGUAAAUCGGAUUUUAUCCGUUAUAAAAAGGCACUUCCUUGACUAUGUUUCCAAUGUACCUGGACGCGCAGGCAACGCUGCAAACGCUGCAAAUGACGUCGUAUAGCGGCCUGUUACGAUUCGGCGAAUCGGAGCGCCACGUUGCGGCCAUCCGAUAUGUGCGAGGGAAAUUUAAUGGAAAUGCAUUGGAACGGGACUGGAGAUUUUGUCCGAAAUAGGCGAAAUCCGUCAUAAAAAAAUCUGAUAUAUGCAAUGAAUUUUUAUUGGAAAUGCAUUACAGAAAAAUUGGUUCUUUUUUAUCUGUCCGUUGUGAGCGAAUUUCCGAUAUAUCUGAGUCCGAUAUAUCCGAGGUUUACUGUAGUUUCAUUUUGUUGUGCCCUUUAAUGCACUUUAAGCAUGACUUAUAACCCCCACCUUUUUAAAUGGAAUACUACGCUGUAAGUAACAAACAAUAUAUAGAAAUGGGUGGCAUCAUGCAAACCAAGACAUAGUACCUCUCCAAUCAGCUCCUGUUUGGAGACCAUUCUCAAUGGAGCGGUGCAAUGGAGAUUAUUAUUAUUGUUAUUGUAGAGAUACAUGUACAUCGGCUGUGGGUGAAACUGUCUGGUUUUUAGGGCGCCUGUGCUCAUCGGGAAGCAUCUCUGGUGUUCCUAGCUUACGCCACACUGAGCAAACAUUCCCAGGCCAAAGUCAGGCGUGUUGAAAUGUGUUUUUGUGGAGAACAUAUGUCCUUGACGUAUGUCCUUGACAUGGCUGCGGAACUUUGUGGUUCAGAAUGACUCCAUGUGCAACAGUUUGAGUUUGACGGCAGCCUGCAGAAACCACGUUGUAUUUCCUUUCAAUAACAGGAAGCAUUAUUCAUAUUUCAGCAAAAGGUAGCCUUUAUUUUUCAGACUUGGCUUGGCCCCUCCCUGUAGAGCUGAGCAAAAACUCUGACCAGCCUUCAAACUGCAGUAAAGCAUGGCGUCCUUUAAUAAUACAUUUAUUUAUAAUAUUUAUUAAUAUUUACAUUUAUACAAAACACUUCAAAGGAGCAUUCUUGUGUACAGUGGAACCUCUGUUAGCCUCUUUUUGGUUCAACUGUUGUCUUAAUGAGUUAAAUCACAAUUCCACGUAAAUCAAAAUGAUAAUUUUUAUCACCUGUUAACAACUUGUCCCUCGCUCGUCGCAUUUAAUUGGUUCCAGACCCGACCGCGCUAAAUGAAUUUCAACAAAGUAGAAUUCAACAUUAAUAAAUGGAAUGGUUUCAUACAUACAGGUUUUAACAUUAUUAGAGCCCUCUAGACAUGAAAUAACACCCCUAUAGUCACCUUAAUACUCAUAUUACCUAAUAUAGUUGGCAUAGUAGCAGAAGAUAAGCCAUUGAAGACAUCAAUAAGACUUGACUAUUGAAUAAAAUAAAAAAAUAAAAACACUAAGGUCUGAUCUUGCUGCCACACCAUGUCUUUGUCUUCAGUGCAGCUGAAAGUAACCUUAAAUGUUCAUUUGUCUUUUUCAUUCAUCAUUUUUUCUGCAUUUGAAAUUCUUUUACACAAGUAAAACUAUAAUUGCAAAGCUAUAAAAACAUGUUUGUGUUAACAUUUUUGGCUUUUUGGCUGUAACAGAUUCAUUGGAUUUACAUGAUUUCGGUUAGAUUAAUUCGUUUUUUGGUUAGAGUCGGUCCUUCUGACGCUAACCAAGGUUUCACUGUAUAAAGAAGAACAAUAUGACAUCAGCUGAGAUCGCCAUCUUGAGAUGCACUUUUUCAUAGGUCUAGGUGGAAGGAAGCUAGAAAUGCCUUACAUAUUAUUUUGGAACUAUUUUGGACUUGGACACAGCAAAAAAAAAGAGAACAAAAUUAAGAUUGUCAACCAGCUGAAUGUUUAGAACAAGUCAUACAUUAAAAUGCUUGAAAUAUGAACGAUACUAUACAUGGUGCUAUGAAAAUGUACAAGUUGGGUUGCUCAUGGGGGUAUAAUGGUGUGGGGGGAGGGUAACAGUCAACGGACUGUCAACAACAAAGGUUAUGCAGUCAUCCCUCGCUUAUUGCGGUGACGAGGUUCCCUAUGGCGAUCAGUGAAUUUCCACAAAGUAGGAUUCCUUUUUGUAGUUUUACCACCUUCUAAAUACAGUUUUUGACAGCCCUCUAGAUAUGAAGUCACCUUUACACUUUAACAAAUAUCUGAGUCAAAGGGCUGACAGGAAGUGAUGUUGGGUGUUCAGAGUUGACUUUAGCUUGCCAUACAUUGCUGUGUCAGGGAUUAUUGUUUCGGCGAUCAGGUCUGGUGCUUGUGUGUCACACCGAACAUUAACAAUUAGUAGCACAACCGUUCAUUUCAGUGUCCGGUUCAUUCUGUAAAAAGAUCCGUUCACUUCAGUCAUUUCGGUCAAUUGGUCGUGAGCCUGUGAUCUCCCGUAGUGGUGUGUCGGUCAUGAACGAACGGGCGACGAGUGUCGGUCAAUCUCUUUCAGUCUUUCAGUCAGCUAACCCCACCCACGCACAGAGCGAGGCGCGACAAUCGGAUAAGACAGGCAAGCACGAAGAUAGUACCACCCUGCAAAAGCAACGGUGAACUGACUCUCCAGCCAAUCAAAAAAAAGCAUUUGCAACUGAACGGACUGAAUGGGUAGUUUAGGGGCGGUGACCUCGUUCAUUCCGUUCACAAAAAAUAACUAGUUCUUUUGACCCGUUCGUUCAUGACCGACACACCACUACCAGUUAUAUUACUGACACCUCCUUAUCAUCAUAAUGUCUUUGAAUGCUUCUCCUGAAUGCCUAAUGUUGGCAUUUUACAUCAUUUAUCCAUGUUACGUUUGAUUUUUGGACUAAUAAUAUGCCGUUUCCAAACACCAAAUUUGAAAGACUAAAUGGCGAGGGAUUACUGUACUUCUAUCAAAUGAGGAAGUGUAUUAUUUUCUUAAUAUUGAAUAUAUAAAGCACUCUGUGCAGGGUAUAGCACAUCGGAAAGGUAGCGCCCCCAUCCAGCAGUAACCAAGGCAGCACAGUUAGGCACAGCUAUUAUUAUAACAUAUUGAUUUUAAGACUGUAAUUUUUUCAUAGGUCAUCCUUUGUUUUUUCCUUGAGGUGUGUGUUUAGGCCAGUGUUUCUUAAAUAGUGGGGCACAAUGAGGUGUUGGGGCG